AUGACAGGCCCGCGCAUCCCCGGCGGGCGGUACAAGGGCCCCAAGAUCAACACGCUCAAGAACCGCACGCUGUCCAAGAUGCUUCCCUACGGCUCGCUCAUCCUCGUGUGCAGCGUCAUCUUCGUCUGCCUGCUCUCCAACGUCCUCGAGCGCUGGAUCCUGCGCCGCCUCUACCCCAAGACCUGGCAGCGCCUCCUGGCCAGCGGCAACGAGCGCCGCCGCCGGUCUUUUACUUAUUACCACAUCGGCGCCAUCAUGAUGUUCAUCCUGCUGUGCACGAGCGUCUUCCCCGUGCUCAGCUUCCUCGUGGGCAACGCCGACUUCUCGACGCACAUCGACCGCCGCUCGUCGCGCAUCACCGUCGGCGACAUGCUCUUCGUCUUCUCCGAGGUCUACACCUCCUACUAUCUCUACGAGAUGUGCUUCCGCACCCAGUUCGCCAGCCCCAUCACCAUCGCCCACCACAUCGGCCUCCUCAUCAUCGUCCAGACCUCGCUCGCCCUCUUCGCCGACAUCCGCAGGCACCCGGACGCCACCAUGGAGUUCUUCAUGUGCAUGGUCUGGGGCAUGUUCGACCUCAUCUCCGAGAUCCCCGUCCUCGUCUCCAUGAUCGUCUGGCGCGUCAAGCACCGCAACCACACUCUGCGCUCCCGCCUCGCCUACUUCUGCUGCGCCUGGGUCGUCGCCUCCGCCACCGCCGAGGUCUCCGUCACCGUCUUCCUGCUGCAAAAGUCCUGGCCGCUCUGGAGCCUCGCCUUCCGCGUUGUUACUCCGAUCAUCUUCAUCCUCUGGAUCACCACCCAGCUGUACGGCGCCUCGCGGCUCUUCAUGAUGGGCCGCUCCGAGGGGAAACUCGCGUACAACGAGGAGCAGGACAAGCGGAGUGCGGCUGCCUCGGGGCCGACGUACCUGGCUGAUGAGGAUGAGAUGGAUGGCCGGACGAUGGGCUCGGACCCGGCUGGUAUCUUUGUGCGUAUGGAUCAGGAUACGCAGCGGAUGAUGAAGUCGGGGCAUUUCCCUCUUACCUGA